UAAGCGCGCCCGUCGAUCUGCGAACCCCUUGUAGUUCUGCUACCACCAGCGCUACCAGAGGAAGGUCUACCACUGAAUGACACCGCCUGUCAUCGAUGCCAGCCGUUCUGUCAUUAGAUCACGAUCCGUCAUACUCGAUGAUAAGCAGAAUUCAGAGGCAGAGAAGACAGAAAACAAUCUCGUCACGAUUGAUAGAAGCCGUUUUUUAGUUACUGUAUUUUUAUAAUUUAAUCAGUUAGCUUAAGUUUGCUCUAACCCAUUUGCUAGACAGGUAAGAUGUAGAAAGCAAAAUUUGAAGUAUUUCGCGUUCUAAUAAGUGUCUAUAUUUAGCAAGAAAUAAACUUGGAUUACGAAGCUAAAAAGAAACGGCGAGUUUUUGAACAGCCCUACUACGUCACUUAAUCGCGGUUUAAGUAAAUGGUUGAAGCUGCUCGUAAAAAGCUGGAAGUGCUCAGUACGGUCUCGAAUGCUUGAAUUUAGUUGAAGAAUAGUGAGACACUAAACGAAUUUGUAACUUUUCAAUAAACGUUAAUGAAUUCGGCAAUCUCUGGCGUAAAUCGCAGCUAUUUUUGCAACAUUUUACAAAUUCGUUUACCCGAAUUGAGAGAUGUCGUCGAAGCAUUCUAAGGCUGGAAACGGAGACGAGGUGGGAACAACGGAUGCGUCGAGGACGGACACGCAGCUAGUUCCACCCCCGCUGAAUGCGGUCGUAGGUUCUUGUUAUGCAGGUAAACGUAGAUAAGCAGUUAUCAGAUUGCCCUGAGACGGGUAUAGUGUCGAUUGACCCAACUAGGAAUGCUUUAAACAAUAAACCUGGUAGCAGUACCAGUUUUCCUAGACGGAAUCCACCGCGAAUCGCGCGUAAAAAUCGGGAAUCAAAUUGUCAGUUGUGUGAUGGCCCAGAUAAUAUGAUGAUGGUUCAGUGCGAUGCGUGCAAGGGAUGGUGGCACCUUGAGUGUGCGAAGAUACCGACGGAACGCGAGGACGAGAGUUGGACGUGCACCCGAUGUGCUGCUAUACGGUACCAGUCGGUGGCUCUUCCCGCUUCUGGUGGCCCGUUGGCUCAGAUGGUACCGGCAGCCAAUCCAUCGCGGCGAUCCAGGACCAGCGAAAAAAGCGGACAAAGCGAGGCAAGAAGGAGAUUGAAGCUGCAGUUGCUGAAAAUCGAGGAGGAGAAGAAGCUGGAAAAGCAGUACCUGGAGAAGAAAUUUGCGGCGCUUCUAGAAUUUGGCAGCGAGUCGUCAUCUGCGGUGAGUGACGGUGAAUCGAUUUUUGAUAACGCGUCGAAGAUCGAACAGUGGAUAGCCGACACGGAUCGUUUCGGAAUCGAACCAGAUUCCGGUCUUGCGGUUGAUGAGGGUGACGGGCCCAUAGCGAGUAACUUGCAGAGGCCUGCAGAGCAUUCCGCUCAAACUCUCGGACAAGGCGUCAAUCAACCAGCGUAUCGACAAGGUCAGCAGCCACCACCGGCGGAAACUAGCUUCCGUCUCGUGAAUUCGCCAACCAUAAUGCGAAACCAUCCGACGCAACCAAUGCUGCCGCCUCAUCAGAGGGCAGAGAUGCGGAUACAGUCGAAUCAGUUCGUUCCAGGUCAGCGGUCAACUCCAAUGCAGAGCAACGUGCUGGGGCCGAUGGCUCAGCCUGUGCAAGCUGAGGACAACGAGACGUUCUGUGUGCUUAAUCGCAGUCAACUGGCAGCACGACAAGCGGUUUCAAAGGAUCUCCCAGAAUUUAGUGGAAACCCGGAAGAUUGGCCACUCUUCUUCUCGGUUUUCAACAAUUCCAGCCAAAUGUGCGGGUUUUCCAACGAGGAAAAUAUGCUGCGUCUUCGAAAAUGCCUGAAAGGAAGGGCGUUAGAAGCAGUCAAGUGCCGUCUGCUUCAUCCAUCCAACGUGGCUGGAGUAAUGUCCACCUUGAAGAUGCUGUACGGGAGACCAGAAGCGAUCGUCCAAGCAAUCGUGAAGAAGGUUCGAGGUCUACCAUCGCCGAAUAUCGACCGGUUGGAGACGGUGGUGAAUUUUGCGCUCACAGUAGAGAACUUGGUUGCUACGAUCCAAGCUUGUGGAGUCAACGACUUCGUCUACAAUGCAUCGCUGCGCUACGAAUUGGUGGAGAGGUUACCGUCGUCCCUGAAGCUUGACUGGGCAAAACACUCCAGGAGCAUACCCAGUCCUAAUUUGCUUGACUUCAGCACAUGGUUGUAUUGCACAGCAGAGGAUGCCAGUGCGGUUAUGGCAUCGGUUAGCGGUGAUUCGAAACCUCGCUCCAACAAGAAAGAUGGAUUCCUAAACGUUCACACUGAGAGCGACGUCCGUGAUGGCAAGCAUCACGCAGUGCCACCGAAAGGGAAACCGACAACUCCAAGCGAGGUGGAGAAACAAUGUCUGUUCUGCAAGGGCGGCUGUCAGAACGUUACGAAGUGUAAGCGCUUCGCUGAAUUCAGCUACGACGCGAGGUGGGCAGCUGUCCGAGAGUGCAAACUGUGCCGAAAGUGCCUACGCAAACACAACGGCUCGUGUAGACAACAGAAGCCGUGUGGGACAAAUGGAUGUACAUUCCUACACCACCCCCUUCUGCACAGCAGCGAAAGACAGCAGGCGGCUGGAUUGACAACAACUAGCACCGUACCUGUAGAGAGAACCCAGCAAAGCUGUAACAUCCACCAAAGCCAGUCUAAACUUCUUUUUAGAAUACUGCCAGUCCUUCUCUACGGUCCUUCUAAAACAGUGCAAACCUAUGCCUUUAUAGAUGACGGGUCCGAACUAUCAAUAAUGGAACAGAGUUUGGCCGAAGAGUUGGGUGUAAAAGGACCAAGAACUUCAUUGUGUCUGAAGUGGACGGGAGGUUCGCAACGUCUGGAAAACUCCUCGCAGAGAGUGAGUCUGCAGAUCUCCAGCAGUAAUAGUCGUCCGUACAAACCGUACAGAAUCUGCAGAUACGGCCACAGACAUUGCUGUAUGAGGAUAUGCAAGCAACGUUUGGAUAACCUUAAUCUCGGCCAUCCACUGAAAAGCCACGAAGGUCGACCGCAAGAGCCAAUAGCCGUGAAGACCCGUCUUGGAUGGACCGUCUACGGAAGCUGCGCACCUGAAGACACUACUACUUUUUCGGUAAAUUAUCACUCCCUCGAGAUAUGCCAGUGCAAUCAGUAUACGGAUGAAGAUCUGCACCAAGCGGUUAAGAACUAUUUUCUGCUCGAUAGCAUCGGCAUCGUGAAACCAGACAAGUUGCUGCAGUCACAAGAGGACCAACGGGCACAGAUGCUUCUGGAAUCGCUCACAAAACGCCGAAAUGGACGGUACGAAUGUGGACUUCUCUGGAAAUAUGAAAAUGUCCGUCUUCCAGACAGCAAAGCCAUGAAACGAUGGGAAUGCCUGGAUAGGAGAAUGCAGCAUAACCAACAGUUAGCAGACGCAGUUAGGAUGAAGAUUGAAGAUCACGUCACGAAGGGCUAUGUCCGAAAGUUGACUGAUGCGGAGGUUCAGGCAGAUUAUACCCGCGUAUGGUAUCUACCAAUGUUCCCGGUGGUGAACCCGAAUAAACCUGGUAAGACGCGACUCGUUUGGGAUGCAGCAGCAACUUCUCAUGGAGUUUCCUUAAACACUGUAUUGCUGAAGGGCCCAGAUUUGUUAACUUCUCUCCUGUCGGUGUUGAUUCGGUUCCGCGAGUACCGAAUUGCAGUCUGUGGUGACAUUCGAGAAAUGUAUCAUCAGGUUCUGAUGCGGGACGACGACCAACACUGCCAGCGUUUCUUCUGGAAGGAAAACUCAACCGAUCCCGAGCCAAGUACCUACAUCGUACAAGUGAUGACGUUUGGAGCCUGCUGCUCCCCGAGUACGGCACAGUACGUAAAAAACUUUCACGCACAGAAGUUCCAGCAAGAGCAACCGGCCGCCGUCGAAGCAAUCGUCAAACGACAUUAUGUUGACGAUAUGCUUCUGAGCGUGGAGCAUGAAGAGGAAGCAAUCCAGUUGACACGAGGCGUGAAGGAAAUUCACGCAUCAGCGGGUUUUGAAAUCCGCAAUUGGGCAUCUAACUCUCCUAUGCUACUGGAACAACUACAAGAACCUUCUACAGUGGAGAAAAACCUCAACGGCGACAGCUCGGUCGAAAAAAUCAAUAGAAGUACAAGUAUAGAACGCUAG